GAAGUUCGCGUUAUUAAUUUUAUUUGGUUCAUUAUUUUUUUUUACUGUACCUAUUUGUGCUGGUCUCAAUCAAUUAUGUCGUCUUAUGAACUUUUACGUUCAAACAAAAGGCCUUCUGUGUCUUUCUUAUGACGAUUACGGCUGUUGGUGUGGACCAGGCGGAUCAGGAACUCCGGUUGACGAAUCUGACAAAUGCUGCCGAAGUCACGAUUUUUGUUACGAUGCAAUACUUGCUAAAGGAAGUUGCAAUCCAUAUUUGGUUCAGUACAAAUAUUUAAACGGAACUUGUGUGAAGUCUGUUGAUAAAUGCAAACACCGUACCUGCAAUUGCGAUAGAAAAUUGGCUUUAUGCCUGAGUAAGGCUGAACACCACUGGCGAUAUUGGGGGUAUCGAUUUUGGCCCGGAAGUUGCAAAGUUUAAAACUGUUUUAGUGUGUACUAAUUCUUUUUAUUUUUAUUCAAGUAUACAUUAAGCUAACAUUA